GGAUAAGUGGGGUGCGCGGCGGGAGGAGUGCGAGCAGAGGGCGGAGUGCGGGCGGAAGUUGGCGUCUGCGGACAGGAGAAAGGAAAAGGAGACGAGGCUGGGUGCGGCGCAACGCUGCGAGACUGGGAGACCCCACCCGCGGGAAGACACCGCCUCCUCCCCCGCCCUCUGUGCUGAGGAUGGAAGUGACGAAAGCAUCCGAGGAGGUCACUUCCUGCUGGGGUGGAUGAGGAGGAGCCGGAGACGCCGCGGAGGAGACCGGACUGAAGACGGACCGUGCCGGGGAGAGCAGGAGGGUGAAAAUGAAAGCAGGCUGUAGCAUCGUGGAAAAGCCAGAAGGAGGUGGAGGAUAUCAGUUUCCUGAUUGGGCAUACAAAACGGAAUCGUCCCCAGGCUCCCGGCAGAUCCAGCUGUGGCACUUCAUCCUUGAGCUGCUACAGAAGGAGGAGUUCCGCCAUGUCAUUGCCUGGCAGCAGGGCGAGUACGGGGAGUUUGUCAUCAAGGACCCAGAUGAGGUGGCCCGCCUCUGGGGCCGCAGGAAGUGCAAACCACAGAUGAAUUAUGACAAGCUGAGCCGGGCCCUCAGAUACUAUUACAAUAAGAGGAUCCUUCAUAAAACAAAAGGCAAAAGAUUUACUUACAAAUUUAACUUCAAUAAGCUGGUGAUGCCCAACUACCCAUUCAUCAACAUUCGGUCAAGUGGUGUGGUUCCCCAAAGUGCACCACCAGUGCCAACAGCUUCCUCCAGGUUCCAUUUCCCUCCUCUGGACACCCAUUCACCAACAAGUGAUGUGCAGCCUGGACGGUUCUCUGCUAGCUCCCUAACUACGUCUGGCCAAGAGGCUUUGAGUGAUGGUACUGAGAGAAAGGCAGAGCUUCCAGAGCUGGAGGAUGGCUCAGCCACUGACUGGCGUCGAGGUGUGAAUCUCAUGUCCUCCCGGAAUGCUGUUGGAGGUGGAGGGAUUGGUCAUCAGAAACGAAAGCCUGACAUAAUGCUUCCUCUGUUCACUAGACCAGGAAUGUACCCUGACCCACAUAGCCCCUUUGCUGUCUCUCCAGUUCCUGGCCGUGGAGGUGUCCUUAAUGUCCCCAUCUCACCAGCCCUCUCUCUGACUCCCACCAUCUUCUCCUAUAGCCCAUCACCAGGCCUGAGCCCCUUCACCAGCAGCAGCUGUUUCUCUUUUAACCCUGAGGAAAUGAAACACUACCUUCAUUCACAAGCCUGUUCUGUGUUCAACUACCACCUGAGUCCCCGGACUUUUCCCCGUUACCCGGGGCUCAUGGUUCCACCCCUACAGUGCCAAAUGCAUCCUGAGGAGUCAGCCCAGUUUUCUAUCAAGUUACAGCCCCCACCAGUUGGGCGGAAGAACCGAGAGCGGGUUGAAAGUAGUGAAGAGUCAGUACCUGUCAGUGCUCCCACCACAGCUCCCACAAGAAUUAAGGUGGAACCUGCCUCUGAAAGAGAACCAGAGAGUCUUAGACAGUCUACAGGAGAUAAGGAAGAGCACACCCAAGAAGAGGGCACUGUGCUGAGCAGGACCACGGAAGAGGAGAAAGACACCAUCUUUGCCCGCCCAGCUGUGCCACCUGUUUGGCCCUCUGUACCCAUUAGCACCCCAAGUGAAGAGCCCUUAGAGGUGACUGAAAACAGUGAGGACAGGCCUGGCAAAGAGUCCAGUGCACCUGAGAAGAAAGAAGAUGCUCUGAUGCCGCCCAAGCUUCGAUUGAAGCGGCGCUGGAAUGAUGACCCAGAGUCCCGAGAGCUAAGUAAGAAUAGCAAGUUCCUCUGGAAUGGGUCGGGACCCCGGGGCUUGGCAGCAGCAGCCGCCGAUGCCUAAAACUGGAAGUGGAUUGAAAGCUGUUUAUACUAUAAUCAGAUACAUACAUGUAUUUAUGUAGCAAGAUUUCAGGGGUGGGGCGGGGGGAGGGAGGGAGUUAGUCUGGGUUGAUCAUUCUAGGGGCAUAGACUUGUAUUUUUAUGUUUUGGGGAUGGGAAGGGUUAUUUCUGUUGUAAAUUAG